AUGUCAAAAUAUAGCUUAUUUUACUAUCAGAAUGAAAGAUGGCAAAGAUUAGUUCACUGGUUAUACUUCAAUGGAGAUGAAGUUAUAAAAGAACAGGGCAACACAAUAACGUACAAUGUCAGUCUAUUGAAACAGUGCAUGCAGUACACCAAUAAUUAUUUAUCCAAUCCUAAAAAUGAUUCACUUAAUUUAUCUGCAUUGUGCAUUAAACAAAAUUCAUCACUGUAUCAGAAACAGAUUAUUCAAUUACAAUCUUUGAAUGAUAAAACUUCUUUAAAUAUUGAAAAGAAGUUGUCAACUUUCAAUUCACCGUAUUUAUCAAAAAUAUUGGAAUUAUGGAAAAAGAUAUUCCAGGCUUGGAAAAAAAUUCACACCAACAAAAAUCAUGCACAUCAUGAAGGGAUUAAAGAGAUUAUAAAAUCAUUGUUAGAUAACUCACUAGAUAAAACUAUUAGCUCACAAUAUUUGAAAUUAGGAAUUCAAUCAAAUUCUAAUCCAAAAUUUUAUAUAGAUUUGAACACCAGUUUAAGAAACAGUGGUAGAAUACCUAUCAUAAACUUAUUAAGUAUAAUUGUUCAAGGAAAGCCAUUUGAAAGUCAGACAUAUGUUCGAGGGAAUCUUGAACAUUUAUUUGCAACUGAGAAAUCUUUAUUAUUCAAGGAUGCAUACAACUAUGAAAUCACCACUAAACAGAAAGAAGAAGUAAUACAAGUCCAUAAAGUACCUGUUUUACAUAACAAUGUCUUAUUUAACUGGAAGGAAAAGCAUAAUAAGUUAUUGGAGUCAAUUGAAUCGCAAUCAGAGAAAAUAAAUCCUAUAUUAUUGAAACAAAUAAAAGAAUAUAUAAAAGUCACAUCUGAUUUCAUAACUCCUUUUCUACAAUUAAAUGUUUUACCUAAAAGAUCAAAGCGUACCAUGCGAAAAAUCAAAGCAGUCAAAAAUUACAAUAAAGAAGUGGAAGAAGAAGUGGAAGAAUAAGAGGAAGAGGAAGGGGAAGAAAAGGAAGAAGGGAAAGAAGAGGAAGAAGACGAAGAAGAGGAAAAAGAGGAAGAAGUGGAAGAAGAGGGAGAAGAAGAGGAAGAAGGGGAAGAAGAGGAAGAAGAGGAAGAAGAGGAAGAAGAGAAAAAAGAGCGAGAAGAAGAGGAAGAAGGGAAAGAAGAGGAAGAAGAGGGAGAAGAAGAGGAAGAAGAGGGAGAAGAAGAGGAAGAAGAGGAAGAAGAAAAAGAGGAGGAAAUUGUCCUGAAAAAGCAAAAACAGAAUAAAACAAUAAGGAUUACGAAGAAAACGAAACCUUCAUUGCUGCAGCUCAGAAAAUAGAUUUUCCAUUCCCUUGGGGGUCAUGUAGUCGUAGGAAAAAAUUACUUAUCGAGAUCUUUUUUUGCUAUUUAAAAUUAUAAAGGCACUGCCCUUGUUGUUUCUCUUUUUCUCCCUUAAAUUGCAUUUAGUUGUUUCGUACUUCUUUUAGUCGCACGUUAAAUCUGUUUUAUAGUAUUUUUGUAAUUGCAAAAAAGUUUUAAUAAAGGGCGCAGGAAAAGAACCAGUGUAAUAAAAAUAUGUUUUAUUUUUUCUUGUAGUAAAUUGUGUGACUAUUAUUGGGAUUGGCCAUCACAUGCAAACAUUGUCGCGGACAAGUUGGUUAUUAUACAUUGCAAGCAUAAGGAAUUAAUGUGUUUAAAAUCAGAUUUUUUAUCUAUUGAUAAAAACAUUCGAAAAAGUAAGUCGAAUAAAUUUCUAUCUGAAAGUUUCCCAAUUCUAAAUGCCCCAAAAUUUGAAACUGUAGGCAGAAAAAACACAUCAGCACCCUACGCUUGCAAUGCAUAACGACCUACUUGUCGGCAGCAACUUUUCCGCUAUCGAUAACGUCAGUACUCCAUAAAUGAUAAUUAUUCAUGCAAUAAUUAUUUUUUUACGUCCUUUCGGACUCUUAAUAAGAAAGAUGAGGUAAAAUAAAGAAAGAUAAAUAAAACUUUGAGAAAUAUGUUGAUGAUAUGUAAUUAAGACAUUUUUUAUAAAAAUAAAGCAGAAAUAGUUAUAAGUGGCUUCAAAGUUAAGAUAAGAAGCCGUUCUUAAUAAAUUUGAGUUUAUAUUAUCUAUAUAAUACCUUGAAUGUAACAUUUUCGACACUUUUC